AUGGCCAACCGAUCUGUCGCUGGUGGAAUUGGCUUCUCCGUGCUCGCUAAGCAAGCCUCGAAAUUCAGCGAAAAAGAGAGCGAGGCAAUUCUUGAAUGGGUCAAGCGAGUUUCUGGUGAAAACAUCAGCACAGCAGGUACUCCCGAGAAUUUCCAGAAGCUUCUCAAGGAUGGAACUCUCCUUUGCAAAGUGGCCAAUGGAAUCGAGGCGGGAAGUGUGAAGAAAAUCCAGAAACCGAUCUCGAACUUUGCCUGCAUGGAGAAUAUUAAUGCUUUCAUCGAGGCCGGCAAGAAGUUCGGCGUGCCAACCGAGGAAACUUUCCAGUCGGUGGAUCUUUUUGAGGGAAGAGAUCUUUUCGCUGUUUGCAUGAUGAUGCUCUCACUUGGACGCAUUCUUCAAAAACAAGGAAAAACGAAUCCCUUUGCC